GUGAGCGGCGCUCGGCACUCCGCGACCGAGCCUCGAGCGCGUACCAUCGCCGUGUGGCAUCCGCGUGGUCCCCCGCUCGUAUCCGCUGCUGCGCGGCCCCCGGGCUGCCCGUUCCGCGUACGGCGUGUCAGAUCCCCCAUGUGCUGACAUCGGCCGCGACGCGAGAGUGCUGCGGCGCGCCCCGACCUGCCCCGUUUCCGUGCCCGUGUUAACCGAAACCAGUUGGACGCGACAGGUGACGGCGCGAUGUCGGCGAUCUUCGACAUCGAGCUGCAGGACGCAGGACCGCUGCAUGGGGACGAGUCGGAGGACGACGACGUCAUCGAGAUCGACGCGGAGGAUUGCGUCGCGCUGAGCCUGAAUGAGAUCGUAAACUCGUCGGACGUGGAGACGGUGCCGAUAUCCGAGCAGAGUGUCAACCGCGCGCGCGUCGGACCGCAGGACUUCGAGCUGUGCAAGGUGAUCGGCAAAGGCGGCUACGGCAAGGUGUUUCAAGUGCGCAAACUAACGGGAAACGACAGCGGCACGAUCUUCGCUAUGAAGGUGUUGCGCAAGGCUUUGAUUGUGAGAAACUCUAAGGACACGGCUCACACCAGAGCCGAGAGAAACAUCUUGGAAUCCAUACAGCAUCCUUUCAUCGUAGAUCUCAAAUACGCUUUCCAAACUGGUCCUAAAUUAUAUCUGAUACUGGAAUAUAUGUGCGGCGGUGAGCUGUUCCGACACUUAAACUCCGAGGGAAUUUUCAUGGAAGACACCGCGCGUUUUUAUUUGUGCGAAAUUACAUUAGCCCUGCAACAUCUCCAUUUGCAAGGAAUUAUAUACAGAGAUUUGAAACCGGAAAAUGUUCUACUGGACGUAGAUGGACAUAUUAAGUUAACUGAUUUUGGAUUGUGCAAAGAGCAUAUACAGGAGGGUGCUCUUACGCAUACGUUUUGCGGAACUAUAGAAUAUAUGGCGCCUGAAAUUUUAACAAGAAAGGGACAUGGGAAAGCGGUAGACUGGUGGAGUUUAGGCAGUUUAACAUAUGACAUGCUUACAGGGGCUCCACCGUUUACUUCAAGCAGCAGAAAGAAAACUAUUGACAGGAUUCUACGUGGUAAAUUAUCUUUUCCAUCCUAUGUAACGGCCGUUGCUCAAGAUUUUAUUCGAAAAUUACUGCGGAGACAAGUUGCGCAAAGAUUGGGAUCUUCUCAGGCGGAUGGUGAGGAAGUAAAGGCACACAAAUUCUUUAAACAUAUCAAUUGGAACGACGUUAUAUCUCGGCAGCUGGAACCUCCUUUUAAGCCACAAUUGUCUAGCAAAGAAGAUGUGUCGCAAUUCGAUCAGAAUUUUACCGCUUCACCGGCAGUAGAUACUCCGGUAGACUACACUUUGAGCGAGUCAGCUGAGGGAUUGUUCCAGGGAUUUACAUACGUAGCACCGAGCAUAUUGGAGGACUGGAGAAAUCAGUUUCAACAACCCUAUCUAAGUACCAUGUCGCCACCAUCCGUAAUAAAAGCCAGAAGUCCCCGCAAAGCGACUCGUGGUUUUUCGCCUCGGACGACGCAUCUUCAUUUCAAUGCCCAUUUAUCAAAUCACACGUUCAAUGUUGUUGGCAACGUGGAAGAUGCGGAAAUGAUUGAAAUAGGCUAACCAUUACUAUUCGACUAGUAGAUAGCAUUUUUGCCCAACUGCUGGAAAUUCAUAAUCCUCAGGGAGAGGUUUUAUAAUUUAGAAGAAAUAGUUAGGAAAUGGAUGCAGUGUCCAUUAUUACAUUGGAUCUCCAGCAGUUACAUUUAGCUAAACUUUUUUAUACCUAUAUAUCACGUACGAAAAUAUUAAUUGAUAGAUUAUGAUUUGACAGCGACGCAGCAGGUAUUUGGUAGCGCAUAGAGUAGUUGCAAAUUUAAUGCGAAUAGAUUAUCGAUAAUCCGCAAGAAAGUACAUUAUUUCUCGACUAGUUAUUAUAUUUUCAGUUAGCUACUGAUUUAUUGAAAACCAUAUCUCUUGCAUUUGAUUAUUCGUGCAUCAACUUUUAUAAAUAUCCAAAUCUUUAUUAAUGCCAGCCAUCACGUUACUACAUAUUCAUAAAACAAGAUCGUAAUUUGUACUGUGGUGUAAUUAAAGGUAGGCUUUUAAAAUUUUGGAAAUAUUCGAGCACAGUGCUUGAAUUUUAAGAAGCCGUGUAUUAUAGAAGCUAAAAAAACAUGAUCUCUCUUGAUAAUAUUUUUACAUAUGAAGAUUUAUACGUACAUCUGUAAUAAUAUAAGCUUAUUUUAUACCCGGGAAAUGUAUCGAUAUUUACUGAUUAUCGUUAAUUAUUUUCUUAAUGAGAGAAAAAAGUCUCGAAAGAUGCUACCACAACCGCUCCGCCGCUCAAAGCUCGUUCCAUAUAUACCUAAAUACAUUGUUAGGAGAAAAUAUUUUCAGCAGUAAUAACGUUUCCAUGGCAAUAAUGUAAAAAAAAAUAGUUUUGCCUAAGUAAUGACCGUAGAGAUGGAGUAUAUAAUGCUACAAUGGAAUUGCAUUUACACAAUGAAAGUUCCUAUAUACAUUGCAAAUUCGAUUACAACAUAGUUUAUAUUCUCCGAAAUGAAAGAACAUUUUGUUAAACAAUCAUGCGUAUCAAUAUGUUAGAAUGAGAAUGGCUAUUGUCAUUCCGUAACUUGAAAGCGGAUGGCAUGAAAUAUUACAAUUGCAGAUGCGGACCUAUAUCCUGGGUAUAUUUUUAGCUCCAGGUCAUAGGUUGUUCUUACUGUAAGGUACUGAUGUUAGAUCUAUUGAAAGAGAUGAAUGCCUACGCAGUUUAGUUUGUAUUUGAACAAUCAACAAGCUUAUUUUCAGAUGAUUAUGUUCUUUUAAUUUUGUCGUUACAUUGUAUCGUUCGCUGAUUGUUGAAAGAAUUAACGCAAGUCUUCGAUGUACAAGUUCAAUGUCUUCUCGCGAAAGAUACGCUCUUUUUUACGCCGAAUCAGUAAAUAGUCGGAAUGGUACGGGAUGAUUAACAGGUUACCAUGGUAACAAUGUUACUGCAAAACAUGGACUUUCCAUCCGAAUGAGUAUUCCAUACUUGUUCCUUACGUUACAUGCAUUAUUUAUCGUGUACGUACAAAUAGAUAAUAUUGAUUUUACUUACAGAAUGCAGUAGGAAAAAUAGACAUAAGCGUGAGUGACUGUUAAAAUCACUCACGAAAGCUCCAAACUACCCAAGUGUUCAGUAGGCCAUGCUAGCAGGCAAAUAUCUUUUAAUUAUUUAUAACGGAAUAAUCAUAGUCGAAAUGUAAUAUUGCCCGGCGUCUCUUUUUCUCUCAAGUAUUUUUUUGUCCGUUUACGUAGGAACGUUCUCUUGCAGGCAGGUUGCAUUUCGACUACGUCGACUACACAAGGCAAGUGCGCAUAAUGUAAACCUUGUAAGAACACGUUGUACAUCACUGGAUGCAACAUCAAUCUUAUAAAGUUCAUAUUACCCGCACUUACCUUGUGUAGACCAUAGUAAUAAAUAGGGGUGUAUCUUCGGGGAGGUAGGCACCAAGACGCGCCACUAAUUUUUCGUCUAGAAAAAUAACGGGCUAAGAUUCGAACCCGGUCCUUCCGCUUGCCGGGCGAAUGCUCUUCCAUCUGAGCUAUCCAGGUUCACACUCGAAAUCUUCUUCGCAUCUACUCUGUUCAAUAAAAUAAUUUACCUAAUUUAUCUUGGUGAAUAAAGUAGGAAUGUGAGAGAGUGUCCUAGUGGCGCGACGCCAGAGCGCUGCUCAACGGUUUGGUAGACCGUCGUAUGGGUGCAGAAUGGUCAUACCUCCCCGAAGACCCCUCUUAAAUAUAUUAUAAGAGAAAUGUGUAUUCAGAGACAAAACAUGAGAAUUUCUGAUCGGUUUUUCGGUACGUAUCUGAACACAUGUAUUUUCGACAUUGAAGCAGGAAUGUGCCUACAGAGUUGUCAAGACACUGUUCGAAGAUUAUAUAUUGCUCGACGACACACUGAAAUUUACUACAAGUAAGAGAGAUACCAAUUAUGUCCUGAAUUACCCACUGUCAGAUUUUGAUAGAUACCAAAACUGCUGUAUAAACUAUAACUGUUACCUAAGAUUCGCUUUAAAUUAAAGCAUGCCAGAGAAUCGUGCGGGGACGCUGCUCGAUAUCACUGCCUCAUACAACGCACGCGUUGUUACCUCCGCGUGAUUCCGCGUGUAACGAGUUUGUCUUGUUUACGAAGUCAGGGCAUUUUUGCAAGCGAGAGACCGAGAGCGCGUUCGAGCGCCAAUGCGAAAGGACUUUGCAAAACGGUCUUCGUUAGUUACAUCGACGCGCUCUCAAGAUGUUGGUGCUGAUGCGGUUUAUUUUGAUUUUAUCCUUGGAAUUAGGCGUCCUCGUUAUUUUAUUAAUUAUUAAAGUAGACAAAUUUUUUUUUAUAUGUGCCGCGUCAUGCAAUGGUCUCACGUGCUUAUUUCUAAUGCGUUUAGUUAAGUUCAGUCUUAAUCAAAAUAUAUGUAGUUUUCUUUUUGCAAUAUAUGUAAUUUCCGUCUUACAAUUGGCGCCAGUUUUCGUGCAAAAGUGCCACCUGCACACACUUUCGGACAUCGCUAUCGAAUACUUUCGGUACGAAGGAGUAUUCAAAUAAACAACGAGAACUGACGUUUUUCUAUCGUACGUUAAGUGAAUCGAUUUAUCGAUUCUGGCUCUAUUUUGAUAGGACAAAAGUUAAGAAUUAACGAUCAGUUUUAAUUUAUAGUAUGCACGAAACGAAAUAGACACUUUUUCUUUUUUAAGAUUCUCCCUUUACGGGAAACGAAAUAGAGACAUCCAUAUUUAUUUGCUGUAUGAAUGCAUUAGACAUUUAAGGGACGGAAAAUAUCAUCGAACGAUGUGUAACGAAGUCUAGCCAUUAGACGGAAAAGUGAUAUAACUGAUUUAUGCUUCCAUUUAAGAUUAAAUGUAGGACUUCGGGUGAACUUAUCGCUGCUAUGAUUUGUAAUCCUCUAUAAAUCUUAUCCAUAAAUUAAUAUGCAACGAUUUGUGAGAGUAAGUGCGUCCGUUGCGAGAGUAAACGCGUGUGUGCGUGAGCGUGUGGGGGUGUGUGUGUGUGCGUGUGUAUGUGUGCGAUGUGAGUGUGCGUGACAUAUCCUUGUCAUGUGUAUUGUUUUACUUAUUUCAGUGUUAUAUACAAUAAAUUGGGUAUAAAACUA